CAGAGUAGUACAAACUCGCCAGUUUGAAAAUACAUUACAUGAAAUUGUAAUACAAGAGCUGGUAGAACCAGCUCCGCCCAAUUGAGUAUACUUGAUGUCAAACUCUUGCUGUCCAUAAUAUAUGCAAGCCUGAUGAUGUCUGGCAAGAUUAGACUACCAAGUAGGCUACCGAAAUUUAGAAACCUUAUUUGGCAUAGUCGUGCUAUAUCUUUUACAAUUGUAAAUUGUCCAGCACAAAAGUUUAGAUUUGUAAAUCGCACACAUUGUCAAGAAAGCAUUUAUUCUACAGGGAUGCACUGCACUGCCCAGCUCAGAUAUUAUCGGAGAUGAACAAAAAUUAAAAUAGCCACACUGUCAUUUAUAGCUGACAGACCAAGGUGUUGUUUUUAAAAAUUGUAUAAAUGCAUGCAGUGGAUCUACUUCUCAGUUCCAUCAGAUCAUUCCAUUAGUAUCCUAAUUCAUCUACAUACCAACUCAAUUCAUUCUAUAAUCUACCCAAAUGCGUUCAUUUCUACCGUGGACAUCUGUUUUUUACGCCCUUCCAAUGUUUACUGCUGCCCAAUCCCUUGUUGGUAAUUCCACGGGAGCGGUGUUUGCAUAUCCUACACAAGAUAUCGUCCCCCAGGCCGUACCUGCAUGGUCUACUCACUUUAUCAAAGAGGAUAUUCCUGCUAUCCCUAUCAAUUCAAAGCAGCUUGUUUCCCCAAGUUGGGUAGGCGACUAUGUAAACUGCACUGUUUCUACCAACUUUGGUAUAACGUUUGAUGAUGGUCCAAGUGCUUUUACUCCUGCGCUGUUGGAUGAGCUUAAACGUCGUAAUGUCAAAACCACAUUUUUUGUUGUUGGAUCUCGAGUUCUUGAAAAUCCUGCUAUUCUUCAACGUGCAUAUGCCGAAGGACAUCAAAUUGCAAUACAUACAUGGUCACAUCCCGCAAUGACUACUGUUACCAAUGAACAGCUGGUAGCGGAAAUCAUGUUUACUGCACAUAUCAUCAAGGGGGUUAUUGGUGUUACUCCUCGAAUGCUGCGUCCUCCAUAUGGUGAUAUUGAUGAGCGAGUGCGUGCGCUUAUUCAUCUCAUGAAAAUGGACAUCAUCGUCUGGGCAUUUGAUUCUGGCGACAGUGCUGGGUCGAUGGAUGUAGUCAAUGCCAUGACUGCUGAAGCCAACAUUUUACCAAAAACUGGUCCCAUUACUCUUGAGCAUGAUCUUACUUCUGCUGAGGCAUCACAAGGUCCCGGAGCCAUAGAUGGGGUUCUUGCUGCUGGCUACAAAAUUGUUCGUAUGGAUGAGUGUCUUGGAAACCCUGCGUAUGAUGAAACUAUAUGGAGCUCUUUUCCCGCUGAUGGUAUUCUUGCUCCAUUAAAUGCCAAUACUCCUGCAACCAAGUCUGCAACCAACUCUGCAACCAAGCCUACCCCACUAUCAUCGACUACACUCGGACAUGGUGUAAAUUCUCCCAAAAAAGGAACGGCUUCUCCUAGUAAAUCUUCGGCUACCAUUUCCUUUGAUAUUCAAUAUCUUUUGACGAAUUUAGCCGUGAUUUCAGUUCUAUUGGCUGUUGCGCUGUAAAUCUCGGUCCAUUUUCAUUACAACCCUUACUUAUCAUUUGAUCAUGAGCUAUUCUAUUGGUAACUUUUAUUCAGUAUUCACUACCGUAUCCACUAAAAUGAAGCACUAAAUAAGAGUCAAAGUAUAAUAC